AUGGUAGCGGCCACCGCGGCGGGAAGCUCCCAGCCCAACCUCGGAGACGCCGUCGUGGCAGGCGCGCUGGAGCCGAUACUCGCGAAGCCGCCUUCGCUGACCGUGUCCGUGUUCGUCAGCAAAUUUCUCCCGAUUGAGGUGUACUACGACGAAGAAAACAAGGCGUACUCCAUCGGUCCGGGUAGCAUCAUGGAAGACGCGUCCUUCCGGUCCGAUCCGCAGUUUGUGACGCUGGAAGACCCAAAUGAGGGGGGCAAUUUUUCCUGUCGCAUCCUCCGUGUGGGGAGGCCGCUCGUGCGGGAGGUGACGACCACGGGGGAGCAGACCGGCCCGAUAACCAGCGCGAGUGGCCCAGGGACGACCAGCACCACGACGACGGGGAAGAAAGUUUCCGAGCACUUUCGGGCGUCCUUUUCCGACGAGGAGAAAAACACCUUGACCUCGUUCUUGAGCUUGUACGGCUACUUCCCCAUUUUCCUAGACGAGGAAGAGCCGGGGAAAGCGAAUAUGUCACCAAACAAUUUGGGAUCGCCAAGCGGUGCUACCAGCGCGGGGUUGCACAGCACGCCGACAAACUUCCCGGCCGCGGCGGGCGGAGCAGGCGCGAUGAGCGGGUCCUCGUCGCACUUGUCGAGCGUCGCUUUGAUGCAAAAUCUGGUUAACGCGUCAACAGGUGGUCAUCUGGGUCCGCCUCCCUACGUCGGACUUCAACAACCGCGGAACUACACGAUUGGCGGCAUGUCAACCGCUGAACACCCGUUGCAGCUCCCCGCGGCGUUAGAUGUUGUGCAGCAGCACCAGAGUAAGCAAACGACUACGAGCGUUCUGGACGACGUCACGCCCAGCGGACUAGGGGGUAGUCAGCACAGCCACCCCGCAGCAGUCAGCUUUCCGACGGGCGGGCCGACGACGGGGGGCAGCGGAGGACCCAGAACUGGAGGGACCACCGGCGCAGCUGACAGCAACACAGCCGCGCCGACGGUGGACCUGAAGAAUGACCGGGUGGAAAAGGUGUUGUUCUCGCUUUUUCACUACAUCCUGAGCCAAGACGACAUCCUGACACUGGAGCAACCCGAUUGGCAUGCGUACGAACGGGUGCAAUCCCUUUACGCGCAGCAAGUCCUCGCUCUAGUCGAGGAGCAUGACAUUCACUCUGUUUGGGUCCACGACUAUCCGCUGAUGAUGCUGCCGUUGCUUUUGAAACGCGUCAAGCCCGCGCUUUUUGUCGGCUUCUUCCUCCACUCGGUGUUUCCCUCGUCCGAAAUCUACCGCAUCUUCCCCUUCCGUCAGCAGUUGCUGCAGGGCGUGCUCGCGUCCAACAUCAUCGGCUUCUUCAACUUCCAGUACAUCCGCCACUUCCAGACCUGCUGCACCCGAAUCCUCGGCGUGCCCUGCAGUCGCAGUGUCGUCGAGGCCUGCCGAGACACCCUGGGAACAGAAACGAAGCUCGCCGCCAUCCCUCUCGGUGUAGAUCCGGAAAACUACG